CGGAGUGCAAGUGCUUCGUCUUUCUUGUGCUGCAGCCCCAGAAUCCCUCCUGCACGAAGAGCAGUAAAAAAUCUUUUUUUCCAUACGCACGCUAGGUAGCUUAGGGGAAGACGGACAAAAAUGUACGUAAAGGAAGCGCCAGGACUUUUCUCGUGCGUUUUUUUGCCGGCACCACCGGGAGUCGCGGGAUAUCUGCCCGAUCGCUUGCCUUCGGACCUUUCGUAGCUGGACGACGUGCAUCUUGUCCUGCAAAUAAACAACUUUUCGCACGAAAUUGUUUCAUCGACCAGACGCCAGGAGAAGUACUGGUCUGUUUCUGCACGGCCUGACUACUUGUGCUUCCUAAUCCUAAGUGGAAGAAAGGGAACAAGAUCUCGUACCGGUACUAUCAUCUCUCUGAUUGAACAUCGCUGUAAAGGAGUACGAGGUGGAAUCCAAAGCAGAAGACCCUCAACAUGCGGCCGGCGGACUUGAAGGCUGACGUCGCACCGGGGACGUUGUUUCUGCUUUUCCUCGUGGCGUCGCUUGUGUACUACAAUUUGGUCGGCCUCAUCAUCUCGCUCGGGUACUACGACGAGCCGAUAGUCGCCCUGAUUCUGGUCGCGUUGGUCACCGGUUCCGCACUUCUCCCGGCAUUUUUCCCAGUGGUGUUUCCGCUCCCGGCAUUGAAUGGAGUUUUCACUCUCAUCGAAAACCGGCUUGUGGUAUAUCAACCCUAUUGGAGAAGGAGAGCGUGAGCACCAUCAGUUUCUUGCUCAUGUCUGCGCCAAAAAUGAGAAUGAAUCAAAACAGAUGAAGAAAGUGAGGCUCUUUAUCGUCCAAAACAUGGCACACAUCACAACAGCCGGGCCGGCAGAACCUCGGUAUCGACCCGCAGUGUCUGAAAAAAGCGAACCGCCGCCUUCUCCACGUCGUUUUCACCGACCUGGCUGCGUCGUCGUUCCUCUUUUGCGCGGUGGGUUUGGUGAACCAUUUAUCGCUGUAUCAGCGGUUUGGCUCGAUCAUGAUGCCGGACCGAACCAGUUACGUUGACGUCGAUCCGCGCACGGCCUCGCAACUCUGGGCCGACGCCGGGAAACUGCAGUUUAGAGAAGGUGCUUGAGCAUGCUUGUCAAGUUGCAGUUGCUCGAUGACUCUAGAGAAGUACUGCCUCACAUGGUGCAGCAACUUAUGUUUAUCAAAAUGACAAACAGGGUCUCGCGUCGACGGUUCUCGUGCGAUCGCGUAUCAACCAAUCGGCGAACCUUCUACCUACUGCGUCGCCCCAGUGCAAUAUCAGGUGUAAAAAUGAAAACUGGCAGGUUUGCAUUCGGAGGUCCCCGCCCAUGCACAUGCUUCCUUUGCUCCCCGUCCCCGUAAUUAUUGGGAUGCAUAGGAGCAGUGCUGCUUACCGAAGAGUGUUGCUCUCGCACGGGAGUCAACAACUGCUAAGUAAUAUAUAGCAUGGAGGUGUUAUCGGGAAAUCAAUGCAGUUUGUACCACGGGAACAGGACGGCCACACGGGCUAUUCCUAUUGAAACGAUGUCUACUUUUUUACACGUGAUACGGAAUUUCAAAGUGUGGAGCCCACCGCAAAAGUGGAAUACUGGGCGGUUGGAGUGGACUGCUGCAAAAGCGCCAACGUCUUCUCCUGCGAGGACAGUAGCCUGUUUGACGCAAAAUCGGCCUACGUGUUACAACCGUUUCACUACAUGGACAACAUUCUGUUCCGCGCGCCGCCCAUUCGCAAGUACGACCGCUUCCUCGAAGCCGUAAAAAUGUCCGAGCUGAAAUUCGUAUCAGCUUGAGAAAAUUUCCUACACGUACGUGACGAGUUAUAGUGAUUUCUUGUUGUAAGCAGGAUAAGCAAAAGGAACGCGACGUGUUAUCGAUCCUGCCUUGUCCCGCCUGAUUACAAUGCGUAUGCCUUGUUACCAGCAUAUUGCUGCUGCAUGAUCAACCACUUGGACUUGGACUCUGUCUUGAAGUUUUCGUGUUGUCCGUAGUUGAUAGUGCAUUCAUUCACGUUUCCACUUCCGUGUAGUCGUCUUUUUCACGUGCAUACCCCGGCCUAACCUCCAGCGACACGCCCCUGUUGCUCCGGUGGAAGAAAGACCCUGACGAAAUCGAAAACGAGUUGGCCAGCGCGCGCACGUUCACGAACAUUAUGCAAGAAGUAAUGGUGAUCGUGCUGGCACUCGCAGUGGCCUGCUACUGUGCCAUGGCCAAGGCACCGAGGAUAUACCAAGACUUCCUCGACGAAGACUACAUCUUCUGGCCAGGAGGUAACUUUUUUUUUAUACUUCGUUCGUCGAGUGUGUAGUUGAUUCUAUUAGGUGGAGGUGAAGCAUCAAGUAAAGUCCUUAAAUAUUCGUUCCUGGUGAUGUGUUGUGGCUAGUAGCAAAACUUUUAUAUCGCCGGCACCUCCUGCGAAAUGUCAAUUAACACUCGAGCGCGCUUGUUCUUAUGCUACUUCCGUCUAAAUUUAUCAGGUAGCAAAAAGCCGAAGUCGUCAACCGCGCUCGACGCCACUAUGAUGCAAGGAGCCGGAGGCCAACUUGAUGCCACGCUGCUGAACACUAUGGAAAUGAAAAGCGCUGGUGAUACAAAACCGAUUCAGAUUGUGAAAUAGGUGGUAAAGAAGUGAUCCCAGCAAGCGCUUUCCAUUUCCACAAACCACCGCAGUUCCAUAGGCGCGGGGAGGCCGCCGGGAACCGACGCGUCGCUGUUCACGGGUAGGCAGACAGGAGGUAAUAGUCCGAAUGCGCCACCCGCGAGACCUUCUGGAGGUAGAGCAGCGCGACAGCAGGCCAGUAUGGUGAGUAGUGGGGGCGGCGGGCCGGGUUGAGAAAGUCCAGACAAGGACGGGCACUGUUGUAGUAGCACGACCAGGAGCAGCUGCGUCAGUGUGUGAUGCAUAGUGCGGUUAGUAGUUGUACCUAGCACUACUACAUCUGGCUUUGUAGGUACAGGUUGCUCGACAGAAUCAGGGACAGGGUGGGGCCGUGGUGGCCGCGUGGUUCUAAACACUACGUUGUCCUUGUCGCUGAAGAUUGCGUGAUCAUCCUCUCGAUUUGUCCUCCAGAAGGCGAGCACAGUAAUUUAAAUUUUCAGAUUACUUCUGACUUUCGCGUUCACCUGGGACGAGGUCGCGUGUUCAGUUUGGCCUGUGUCGCUGUUGUUGAGCGCGUGGAUCCUCGGUGCCAGUCCUGGAAAGGCUACAGAAUCUUCACACUUUUGGCCGCAAUCGGAUUCGGCGAUAAAGGGUCAGUGUGGUCGUGGGAUCCUGCAAGCCAAAGAGUGAACAUCCUAAUGUCCUCCAAAUUCCUUCUUCCAUAAUCGCUCGAAGCCUUGCUGGAAAACAAACAAUCACAAAACAUGCACAUCAAAGAAUUAGAGACAAAACCGAUAGAGCUACGGUUCCAAUAAAAAUAACCAUGUCCAUCACCGUCGGGCGGCCUCCGCCUUCCUCGGAGGCUGCUGGGGAGCAAGACGCCGGCAACAAGAAAACCGGCAAGGCGCUGAGAGAACUGAAGGAAGUGACGGUGUUUUUCCUCUUGGCCGUGGCGUUUGCGUACUUCCUCCCCCCGGCAGCGAGUCUAGUCGGCGUUGUGCUCUUGUUUGCGUUCUUCGGACUCGUUUCGGAGACGUUUUUCUGACGAUUGUUGUUGACAACAUCCUAUUUUUCGGAAUCGGACCCAGAUCUUCGUCUUCCUUCCAUGAAGAUUCUUUCAAUCUACUUCCUCUACGGAGAUGGACAUUGCAAACCGUAGAACGGCCACCUCCCUUUGGAUUUGCAAAAUCUAAGAGCGCCAU